AUGGCCAACAACCCAUUCUCAUGCUCUGAAUGUGACACUUUAGCCUCAAUAAAAUGGCUUUCAACAACAACUCAUGUGCAAGAUGACAUAACCUGCAAGAAUCCUAAAGGAAUUUUCAUUCCUGUUGACCAUAAUGCUGCAUCUUUUGUACACGAAGAAUGUGACAGACCAAUUCGCAUCAGAAAUACAAUACUUUUGUCUGUGCUGUUACCGAUAUCAACUAUAACAUUUACCGUCCUUAGCCUGUGUAAAUGGCAGAAGUAUCAGCAACAGAAACGUUACAAGAAGAAUAUGGAGGAGAAAAUUCAACAAAUUCAAAAAAACAAACUUGAGACAAAAUAUCUUGUGUUCCUAUCAUUCAGUAGUUUUGAUUACAACUUUCUUAACAACAAUGUUUAUGAACCACUGAAACAUCAUUUACAAGAAAAAACAGGAACCGACAGAGACUUGAUUUGUUUCGGUGACAAAAAUUUCCAACUAGGAAAACCAUUCAAUGACGAAAUGGUUCUUUGCCUCCAAGAAUCAGUUGUUGUGAUGUUACUCCUUUCUCGUAAUUUCUGUCAAAGUGAAUUCUGCAGAAUGGAGUUUGAUAUGGCCCUCCAUAUGAAGAAACCAUUCAUUCUCAUGAUGAAAGAGGAACUAGAUGAGAAAGAAAUGGUACCCAGCUUGCAACAGCUCUUUAAAAGAAAUACAAGAUUAUUAUGGGAAAGACAGGGAAACAAUUUCCACCCAAGAACAUCCUGGGAUAACGUGUGUAACUCAAUUUUAGACCUAGUUCCAUAA